GCGCACGACCACCAAAUAUGGCCAACAGCAACCAAACUGGGGACGCCCCACUGGCGUUGCAUCAUGACGACACCCCAGACACCGAAGAGAUGCUGUCUGAUGGAUCUUCUGGUCAAAUUCAAGAGGAUAUAAGCGAUCGUAAUCUGGGAAAUGAUGUGACUCCUAUGUCUAAAACUAUGCACUCCAGUAGUAGCACUAGUACUAGCAGUGUGUCUAGUUUUUCGGAUGACAAUAUGGGUGAAGCAAAUAGGAACAUUGAAAUUGACCAAGCAGCCUCAAUGAACAACGGGAACUCAGUGAGGGAAGAUGGUCUUUUGAAAGAAUCACAGUACACAUCUUGCAAUAUGCAAAUUGCAAAUCAGAUUGCAGUUCACCAUGAGAAUUCCAUCCCAGCAUCUGAGGAUGAAAUCGGGAAAGAAACAAUCAGCAUAAGGAAAGACUCAAACAGUCACAGUGUGGAUAUUUGCAGUACACUCCAAGACCAACAAAAAUCCCCCCAGGAUUCAAGCGAGUCAAACGGUGUCUGUAGCAAAAAUGGCACCGGAGGCGGUGAGGCAGAUAGUGGCAUUGGAGCUCCCGUAGGACAUAAGGAGGACGAAACAGAGCAUGUGUUGUCAUCAAAUGGCCAAACAGCUGCUGCGCCACACAGUUCUUACAUCGCGCUCGAUGAGACGAAGAAAAUGCCUGGGGCGGAUGUCAACACUGAGAUCAAUGGAGAAGGAGUUCCAGUCAGUUCAGCAGAGACUUCAAUAGAUGUCAUCAACAACGGCAAUCCUGCCCAGAAUAUUGCUGAUAACUCAACCGAGGAUCAUAUGAUGAGCAAAACGAGUGAUGCUUCUGCAUCCUCACAGAUGACUGCAUCUCAGGCUGCAUCAUCAAUGGGAGUGGCCGCAUCCUGGGUUUCAUUUGAGGAGGAUACUGUGCUAGCUGGCUCUCAAGUUCCACCUUCUCCGGACAAACAAAGUAAUGCCGUGAAAGAGGACUGGGUGAAAUUUGAGACUUCUCCACAGAUGCCAAGACAUCAAAUGAUACCUCAGCUCACAGGUGGUUCGUCUAUCCACAGUUUUGACCCAGCCAUUGAUGAUCGUCAGUCUGAUGUCACCAUGUCAGCCCUCUCCUCUAGAGGAAGUCUGUCAGAACCUCAUGUCUCCCAUGAGUACCUACCACUAGCAUCCUCACCCCUGGGCUCCACUAUUUCCUCACCCUCACCACAACCCAAGCCAAUGGGUAGCACAUCCGGUUGGGUGAAGUUUGACGACCCUGGUGAGUUGCCACAGAGGCAGAUGCAGUCCCCGCCAUUGCUUGUACCGCUGCAGGCAUCAAGUCCCUCAACAGUCCAAGACACAGCCUCCUCAUCAACGUCACCGCUUUCCAGUCCUGGACAUGUGGCAUCUCUACCCCAGAUGUCAAGACCAGUGUCUGUCAGUGGCAAGAGCCAUCAUCAGCCCAUUGCGGGAUGGGUGUCAUUUGACGAGGCGGAUAGUUCCACCCCAUCCACACCUGUUAAAUCGCCUGUUACUGAAGAGAAAAGGAAGCAACUGCAGCAGUUUCAGCAGUCAUUAGCACUUCAGCAGCAGCAGCAAAUCCAAAGCAGACAGCAUCAGCAGCUACAACAGCAGCAUCAGCAACCACAACAACUGCAGCUACAACAACAACAGCAGUUACAACAACAGCAACAGCUACAAAAGCAGGAGCAACAACCAGCUUCAAUCCAGCAACAUUCUCAGCUUCACAUAUCAUCACCCUCAGCACAACAGCUUAUGGCUCCUUCAGCAAACCUUCCCUCUCAACCCCUUUCAUAUCCUUCUGAUGAUCAACAGUACUUUCAAAGUGCCCCUUCAACCAGUACUCCACUCCCUGGGAACCCUUUCAGAGAGGAGAUGCUAAGGCAGCAAAAUCGUGCCGCAUCCCCAUUCAACCCAUUCCAGAGUGGUCCCAUACAAACACCCAGUACCCCUGGAGGAACCGUAAGCGCCAUGUGGGGUGAGUCACCCAUAACUCCAGGAACAGUAAAUGCCAUGUGGGAGAAGUUUGAAGAAGGUUCUUCAAGUGUUGCAUCAGGCAGUGUAAGCCCAGGCAAUCCAUUUAGAACACCUGUCAGUGCAGCCAACUUGUUUAAUGCACAACCUCCACAGAUUGCUCCAUUCCCAGACAUUCCCAGUAAUACCACACUGAAGGAACAAGCUCAGACUUUUCAGGCCAAGAGUGUAGCUGAGCAAGCCUCGAUCACUUCUACCUCAUCACCAACACCUGUCCAAAGCACACCGGUGUCCACACAACCUUUCCAAAGAUACACAAAAGGUUCCAAACAGGUGACAAUCCGAGCCUCAGGCAAAAGACCAAAGGCUAGUCAUAGUCAGCAGGAGGAUGUUGUUGUGGAUGACACACCCUUUGUUGAUGAGUUCCCAAAAGAAAAAUAUGACCUGACUGAAGGAUGGCCCAUGAUGCUCAGAUGCCCAGACAAGAAAAAAGUAGCAGGCUCUCGCUAUUGGAGGCCUGUGCGAGUCAAGCUUCUUGAAGGGAAUGUGAUUCAAGUAUUUGAGAUUGAACACAGCUCAGAACCUUUCAGAGAGCUUCCAUUGCAGUGUAAUUAUGAAUUGGGGGACAGGAAGAAACAAUCCUACGAUACGUUGGGUAAGAUUCACACCGUCAAACUAAUGUAUGUCUCCUACAGCGAGAAGCGACGGUACGGCACCAGAACACCAUAUGAGAAGGUUAUGAAUGCAAACCCAUUGAUGAAGCUUGGAUCCACAGACUACAAUGUAUUCCGAAGUUUCAUAUCUACCAUCAAUGAGUACAUGAUGAGGUUAUCCACAUUCCGAGACAGGGGGAUUUCAUAUAAGCAAGAUGCUAUCGGGGUGGUGGUGUCAGAUGAUUACCGUUGCCGCAUUCUUUAUAAUGGAGAUUUGGAGAAGCAGUCCACAAGUGUUGAUGUCACUGUGCUUGCGUUCCUCUCCGAUGUACCUGAAUGUUCCAUAGCCUUAAAUGAUGUACAGGUCAAAGGCAUUGAAGUUGUGUCACGACGAGACAUCAUACCGAACAAAACCAAUCAGUGGAUCAAACUAGAAAAUGUGGAACUUCACAAGUGUGCCAACAAGAACGUGUUUGUGGAGUCCCGCAUGAUUGAGUUCCAGCCUUUGGAUGGAUGCCGCUUUUGUCUGAUGAAGUUCCAGACUCGGCCCAGACAAAAUGUGGAGCUCCCUUUGUAUGUGAAGGCAACCGUGUCAGGGGAAGGGGCAUACCUGGAGCUGAGGACAGACUUGAUUCUUCCUGCUCGUCCUGGCCGAAGGGAUCCAUCCCAGUUCACCUGCUACAACAUUAUGGUGCGCAUUCCCGUCCCAGACACCUGGAUCAAGUACUUCCGCCGUGAAAGACAUAUUGGCUUCUACUCUGUCAAGUCUACCCAUGGAAAGCCAGACCAUAUCAAGCAGGGUAGUCUGAAUCCGAAAUUACUGGAGACAAGUGUUGGCACAGCAAAAUAUGAGCACGCCUAUAAAUCCAUCGUUUGGAGGAUUGACAAACUGCCUGAAAAGGCUACGGCUUUCUCAGCUUCCCACAUCCUGAUGUGUCGCAUCCACCUUGCGUCUCAUCGUGAGGUCCCCCGCACCCCCCAGGGGGACGUGCAAGUUGAAUUCACCAUGCCUCACACCACAGCCUCCAAGGCCACUGUACGCUCCCUGGCUGUAGCCUCUGACAAGCCGUCCGAGAAGCGCGUCAGGUACAUGGCCCACUAUGAGUACUUUGUGGAGAUGGAGAAUAGAGUAGUACUGCAAAUGCUGGAUGGCGAUGAAGGCCCCUCACAUUGUUCUAUUCAGUGACUUGAGAAAACGAUAUCACAAUAAUGCUUUUCGUUGGGUUAUUCAUGAAAAAAAAAAAAUCUGAAGGGUUGUGGCUAAGGAAUAAAAUCCUAUUGCAAUGCACACACAUAUUUUUCUACAGGACUAAACUCGUUGUGCAGAAAAAUUGAUUAAUAUAAUUGAAAUGCUUAACUGGAUGACAUGCUCAGCGAACGUUGACUGUUUGCUCACAGUUAAUCACUGUACUACUUGUACUACAACAGCAAAAAAAGAGCGUUUUUCUCAUGUAAUAAUUGCGUCCAUUUCUAUUUUUGUAUCCAUAAUUUUAUGCCGUCAUAUAUUCUGGCUGUGCUCCUUGAAAAAUCUCUUCCUAUUGUGUAUAAAUUAGGCCUGUGCAAAAGGGUUUAAUUUGAAUCACGAUCAACAUGAUAGGAAAAUAAAGGCUGUAGAAUUAAGUCUAAGACGACCCUAACUGAGCAUUUGUUUUUGUUAUUUUGGCUAAAUUACACUUGAGCAUGCCAGAUUGUCUACAUGGCAUAAAAGUAACACAGAUGGAACCAUGUAAUUUGUGAGUGUGGAAAUACUACUCUGUAAUUAUGACAUGGCAAAUCAAAAUGUUAUGUUGUCUGUGUUUUACAUGAAGGAACAUCUGUUUGUUAAUUUAAUCCACGAAGAAAUAUGCCUUUUAGUUAAAAUUUCUCUAACCGGACCCGUGCUCUACAACAUGUUUAAUUUUGUUUCUCCUAACGAAUUCUGAUUGUAUGUUUUACUUCAUCAGAAAAAGUACCUGUUUUUGUGGGGAUGUUUUCAACCCUCUCAAUAUAUGAUUCUAUUGUUUUGGUUGCUUUUGUGUCAAUAUCGCACAAAACAUGUGAAAUUUUGUAAAUUAAUCAUUCCUUAACUAAACAUGGGUGGAUUUUUUGUUCAAUAUCUCUUUUGAAAGUGAAUAACUUCUGUAUUGCUAGAAACAAAAAAAUGGGGAUGAAACAUGAAAACAGCACAGUAAGAGCAACUUUAAAAUAAUGUUUCGAUAUACAGUGGAAUGUCGCUAUACCGAGCAUUCCGCUAUACCGAACAUCAGCCUUGGCUCCCGAUUUUUGUGUGCAAAAUGUAUCGAACAUUGUUGAAAAAUUUCAACCGGAAAGCGACAAACGGCUAUUGUUUCCCCAAGAAAUGUAAGGGAAAAGCCACCCGUGUAAACUCAAAAACUGUUAUUACAUGAUUCAAUAGUCACAUGAGUUUAAAGUCGUCUUUCAGUAAGUACCAGGUCGUACAUGGUGAAGUUCUGCAUACGGAAUGGAAAAGAUGGAAGGACACGUUUGGCGACUCCGCGCGUGGUUUGUAAAUGCAACUAUACUAUAACAAUGGUCAAAAGAGGGCACCACUAAUGUGUGAAAAUUGCUAUACCCAAACAUGGCUAUUGCGAACAAUUUCUGUGGAUCCCAUGAUGUUCGCUAUAGCGACGUUCCACUUUAGCCCAAUAUUCCUAUCAAACCUGUAAUGUAACUUUUACAGUUUUGGCACUAUUUGGAACUGUUGACAUGUAUUUAUCCUUCCUCACCCACACAUAAUCAUUUCCCUCCUGGGGCAGUGCUUAUUAUUCUUCAACAUCAGUCACAUUGAGUGUUGCCACGACAAUUUCUACAUUCAUAGGAAAUGGAGUAGGUGUUCAUUUUUUUAAAGGAUAGGGUCCAAAUCUUGUCUCUAAUUGUAUUGUUUUGUACACUUUACACAAUGUAUAUAAAAUUAUUAUUGAGCAACUCAUUUUUAAUUUAAAUGUAGAUUUGAGAAAUCCUGGCAUCUGUUUUUGUCAAAUUUUAAAUACAAAUGGUGUUUUCUCCAAUUUUAUGUAAAUCGUUUAUUUUUUCCUCAAAUUUUAGAGUAUUCCUGUUAAUAAAGGUUGCGUAUUGUGAUUUAUGUACUGUACAUCGAUCUUAACAUAUCCACUUUGUCAUGUCAUUUGCCAUUGUUGAAAAAUCUAUUUUUAGGACUGGCAGUUUGAAAAAUAAAAUUUUUCAACACAUGUAAAUGCUAAUAAUUGGGUGCGGAAAUGCACCCCCAUCCCCCACUGUGCACAAAUAUUAAUUAAAUCUACCUUUUUGGUGAGCUAUUUGAUUGUUAUCUGUUGGGUAUUAAAGUAUACGUGAAACAGUCUUUUUAUGCAGCCAAAUAUUUUCCUCACAAAAUCUGGCCCAUUGUAAUGAAAUGAAACUGUGUUCCAGUUUUCAGCUGUCAACAAAACAUUGUCUGGGCAUUCCAGCAAUGACAUUAUUACAUACACUAGGCCGUGAUGGCCGGAUGUACUUGAGCAAGUUUAGAAAUUGAUGAUCAAAUAUUCAUACCUAGUUUUCUUUUCCUACGCUAGGCUUUAACAUCCAAACUGCGAAAACAAAAAUUGCGGUACUUUGUCGAUAUAAGAAAAAAAUAUUAAGUGGUUGUAGAAAUAUAUAUUAUUCUGUGGUUGAAUAAACCACUAGCUUCAUGCCUGCAUGACAUGUGCCUAUCAGUAAUUAAUACAAAAUUGAUGCAAUUUCAAAAUUAUAAAAGCACUCGUCAAAACUUCCAGUUACUGCAAUAUUUUUAUCCAAUAUUUUUAGCACCAUUAACGUUUUGCACUGUUAUUGAGAGAAUUUGAGGGUUUUUCAUAAUUUGCUGUUGUACUUGUGAAGGUUUUAUGAAAACGUGUAGUGAUUACGAGUGUUAAAACCAAAUUGGCCAUUUGUACACUGAUAUUGAUGCACUAUUGUAGACCAAUAUUGUGCACAUUUACCGCUCAAGUGCACUACACUGCUGUGUCAAUAUGUUGUGUACACUGUAUCAAUCAUUUCAAAGGAGACUCUGUCACCUUAAUAGUAAUUUAAAGAGUAUUAUCACACAGAAAAUACAAUUUUAAAAAAUGUCGUGGCAGUCAGUCAUAAAUGCUGUAUUUGCUUGGGAGAAUAAUUUUUGGGAAAAAAGAAAAUUGCAGGUUUUUAUUUUGCUUAUCGGUCAUUUAAAAACAAACUGUGAGAAAUAUAUUGUAUGUUGAUGAGGCAUCUGUGUGUACCUACUCAAUAUUAUUCAAAGUGACAUCUUCCCACAUGAAUGUUAUAUGAUCUACACGGUAUAUUUAUUGCAAGUAACAUGAGCUUACAGAAUGUUCACAUAAUCCUUCACUGUAUGAGAGUUUUUACCGUAGUAAUAUACCGUUAAAUUGCAAAGAAUUUAUAGGGCUCUAAGCUGUUCUGGAAAUUCUUGUGCCUAGAAAAAUACAUUUUUAAAUGAAUUUGUCUGAAUGUUUUUGUGUGGAAAACAUUACAUGUAUGAUCCAACAUCACGUAAUAUAAAAAGCACUGGAUGAUUCAAAUUGACUUUAAACUAGUACAACAGGAACCUAUCCUGUUCAUGAAAUGGAAAUAUCCUUGAUGAGUUAUUAUGGAAUAACAUGAAAAGGUCAAUGUUUUGUCACCGAUAUCUAAAUACUGUUUGAUGUACUGCCAACUGUAAUUUUAAGUCUUGGAAAUAAUCAAGUACAUAAGCCUACAUGUACAAAUUGUCAAAUAAACCACACCGACCUGGUGCAUAUGAUAAUUAUAAGAGAUAGGACAACGAAAUUUGACUGGAAAAGGGUUCGAACUGUGACCUUCGAAAUACCGUUCUUGUGCUUUUACCAACUGAGCUAUCCAGCCCUAUGUUGGCAGUUCCCCAAUUUUGUCAGUACCUUUGUUCAAGGGAGCUAGUCAGAAUCCAGAAUUUAAUCAAAAUUUGUUUGUAUAGUUAUUAUAUAUGCAUCUCGUCAGUGACAAUUUGUAAUAAAAAAAGCUGUAUCCUCUC